AUGUCGACCACACCUGUCAUUGUCAGACGCAUCAGCAAUUCAGCCAACUCGGUCAACAACAAUUCAUCGACCGCUUCUUCGACCAAUAACAACUCAAAUCAUACGGACACCAAUGCUUCGAAUUCACCAAGUACACCCGUUUCGACUCGUCCUCGAGUCAUGAGAGUCCUUUCGAAAGGAUCCGCUGUGAACAACAACAAUAAUGAAAACACAAGUCCUUCGAUUUCAACAACAAGUUCGAACACUCCUUCGACAACCAAUGAUCCAACAACGAACGGAGAUGAAAAUUCUUCCUCGACCAAUCUUUCAUCCUCUGGAACGACUCCAGUGAAACGUGUAGUGAAACGAUUGGUUGUGAAAAAACGAGUCGAAGGAGAAUCGACUGCAGUUUCGACACCUCAAGACACUGAAUCGACAGCAGCAGUUUCGACCAUGACCGCAACACCUUCGACGACAGGUGGCAUCUCUUCAUCGACUGCUGUCACAUCACAACAAGAUGAAAACGAAUCGAGUCCAAAGAAAUCUCCAUCAACAAAUUCUUCUUCACAAUCAUCAUCCAAUAUUAACACUACCAGUAACCAAUCGAUUUCCACGAAUCAAGUUUCCACACCCAACCAUCUCUCUGAGCAAUCAUCAGUGACAAGUGGCAGCAAUGAAAAUGAAACAAGUUCGACAACAACCACUUCAACUCGUCCUUUGAGUACACGUGUUUCAGAAUUACAAAGUAAAUUUAACUCGCCAUCGAUCACAGAAAAUAAUUCAGAACAAAAUCAACAACCUCAAAAACGAGUGGUUCGAGUUGGUGUGAAUCGAAAUUCUGGUAAAUAUGGAAAUGAAUCUCCAGUCACUGCUUCGCCUGAAGUGUCAAAUGUCAAUCAAGAAGACACUUCUAAUGGAGGAGUGAAAGUAAGAAGACCAACAGCUCCGAGAAUUAAUACUGGACUUGUCAAUAAUGACACCUCUUCGACAAGUGACAGUCCCAAUUCAGCUCGACGUGUUCAAGGCAUUGCCACCAUGCUUGCACAAAAUGUGAAAUUAAUGACACCUCAACAAUUACAAGAACAAAAACAACAAUUGGAAAAGAAGCAGGUUCAAGAUCGAUUGAGACCCAUGCGUCCGAAUGAAAUUCUCGAAUGGUAUGGAAUGGAUGCUUCGAUCGCAUUUACACACGCCAAAGAUGAUGUGAAAUUCGACGAAAAUUCAUCGAUCGAAGAAUUGAAAAAACAAUAUCCAAAUAUUUCAUAUACAGAUUAUAUUUAUAAUCCAAUCUUUGAUGAACAAAUUGCAAGUGAAGAGGUUGAAAUUGACAUGACACCACAAGAAAUUCUUCAAUAUAAUUUUGUGGUUGAUUUAAUGAGAAAAAAGAAUCCAAAUUUAAUGACUUUGGAUCCAAUCGUAUUUGAGGAGGAAAUGAGAAAUGCCUCUCGAAGAGCGUCACUCACGAUACUUGCAACAAAAUCUUCAAAUUCGAACCUCAAUAAUUCAUCGAAUCAAUCCAAUCACACGGAGAGUGUUACAUCGACCGAAGAUGUUCUCUCACGAGAAGAAGUUGGAUUUCCAAUUCAGAAAUGUUCUAAAAAUUGGCGAUAUCAGCUUAAAAAGAAGAAAGAUCACUCUGCUAAGAAUUCAUUUAGGGAAGACGUGGCAAGCAUGACACCAAGAGCGAAUGCACAACUUUCUCCAUCGUCACCAACGACGACCGCAUCAUCGGUAAAUCCACUCUUCGAUCACUUGUAUUAUAUGCCAUGUUGGAAACAUCAAAUUCAACUUGAGCAAAUUUCAAAACGAUUAGCGCUUGAAGAAAUAAAAAAGAUUUAA